AUGAAGGCAUCUUUGACUAGCAGUAAUCGAGCCAAUAUUCCAGCGGUGUGUCAAAUUAAAGGUUGCGGCACAGCAACACUUAUAUCACCUGGAAUUUUGCUUACCUCUAUUCAUGUUGUGAAGUCUGCAGAAGUAGCUGCUGAUCUCACCGCUGUCUUUUUUGAGGGAUCUAAUAAGAAAACAGUUGAGGUAAAACUGUUACCUCAAAAUUUAUUCUUUGCAGCUACAUAUCCAGAUUAUAUGGAUUACUGCAUUGUGGCUUGUGAACAGUAUGGUAUUUUUAACGUUACACCUGUUAAACUUCCUCUUAUUAAGAGUGAAUGGGCUCCUGUAAGAGAAGGUGAUACUAUCUUGGUAGUUCAACAUCCUAUAGUAGAUCGUAGUGGUGGAAAAGUAACAGAAGGAAAUGAUGGUGGUGAAAGUGAAGAGACUUCCUCAUUAGUUGAGGUGAAACGUUUUGAAGAAGUAAUGCGUUGUCGUGAUGAUGUAUUUUAUCUUAAAGCAAGUGGAAAUGUUUUAACUGCGGGUUGUCCAUCUUUUAAUGAUUGUGGUCAAUUAAUUGGUAUGCAAUCUCAAUUACGUCAGGAAACAGGAGGUGUUAUAAGUCGUGUUUUGUCUAUUGUUUCCAUUGUCAAACAUCUUUUUGCGAAUAAACAAUUAGGACGUAUUCGACAAGAACUCUCUUUUGAAGAUGUUUGGAGUACAUGGUAUGUGGAUAAUAAUGUUCCUCGCGUUAUAUUGAUUUUGGCCAAUUUUACAUCUCGUCCUAUUACAAGAGCAACAGCAGAGAAACUCUGUGAACUUACAUGUCAACCUAAUCUUUUAGAAAGUGUUCUCUCCUCUGGAGGUGUACAUUGUAUUCUUCUUACCCUAAAGACAUUUAAAGAAGAUGAAGAUAUGGUGUGUAAGUGUAUACGUGCCUUAUGGAAUCUCACCUUUGUAGAAGGAGCCUCACGACAACUUCUCUCAGAGGAAAAUAUGGUGGAAAUUAUUUUGGAUGCUAUUGAACAGUUUUCUGAAAAUGAAGAAAUUGCGGAGUAUGCCACUGUUCUUCUUCAUAAUAUUUCUACAGAUACAGAAGCAACGGAAUGUUUUGCCGGUCCACUUGGACACCGUGCACUUAUACUUGUUCAUGCCGCUAUGCAACGAUUUAAACAUACGAAUGUUCUGCAAAAAUUUGGAUUAAGUUUCUUCACUACACUUAUCUGCGCCAAUCCACAAAAUGCUGAAACUCUUGUGCAACUGCAUAUGAUUGAACAUGUUGCCUAUUUAGCAGAACAUAAACAAGAUCAGGUAUUUCUUAUGGAAGCUCUUAUGCAUUUUGUAGGGGAAUUAGCCCAACAUAAGAAUGCCAUUGAACUUUGUUUAGUCGAUGGUGGUCUUGUAGCUUCUGGUGGAAGUCAUAUUAUUGCCAUUCUCACUGGUCUUGUUAUUGAUAUUAUGUUAAAAUAUCAAGAGAUGGAUACAAUUCUAUUGCAAGGUAAUAGAGCACUGUGGGGAAUUGGAAAUGAUUUGGCCUGUCGAGUGGUGAUUUUACAACAUCCAAACAGUUAUGAAGCCUUAAAGCUUUCUUUACCAGCUUUAAUUUCAAAGGCAAGAGUGAUGUAG